AUGUCCCAAAAUGCUACGGAUUGGGAGCGUAUCCCAGAAUUCGCGUCGAGGAGCUUGAGGGAGGACAGAAAGAAACAAAUCAUGCAUGCUCUCAUUGAGCUUCAUAAAAUCGGCGUUUUCCAUGGCGACGCUCGUGCUGAAAAUAUGCUAUUUGACAGCAUGUCGCACAGCGUGAAGAUGAUUGACUUCGCCAGAAGUUAUUGGCAUGAGUGUGGCGGUUUGUCGGGUUGCGAUGAGCUGACGGAGAUUUGGAGGGUCUUGUUCCAAAGCAAGCCAAUGAGACCCCUACGUCUGCGCACACAAAAUGCCGAGGAUAACGUCAUAGGGGCGAGCAAGGAAGAAAAGGCAAGGUUCAGAAACCAACUGGGUUUGUGUUUAUUGCCAUUUUGUGGGAAGGAAUUUGUAGAUACUGUCAUCAUUUGA